AUGUCACCCAUUUUGCAUCUUUUGCAGAUUCAUAUCGUCAGGCGUCUUUUUUGGGUGGAGGAGGAGGGGUUCUUCUUAAAGGAAAAAUUGCUUCUUCUUCUUAACUCUACACUCCUAGGGGUGAGCAAGGCCACCUGCAGCAACGACAAUCAGUCGUCUUUUUGUUGUGCCGCUCCUUUCCAUUUCCGGAUAGACCAAGCUGCAUCAGCUACACCCUUAGUACGGCGCAGCCUCCGUUCGUACAGCCAUUCGUCCAAUAUAGUUCUCAGGAUUUCAUCAUCGGUCAUUCUCGCCAUAUGGCGCGCUCACUCAACGCAUCUUGUGGUGCUGAUAUUGGCUUUAGAAAUUCUGAAUUAG